AUGGGACCUCAUCCACAUCAUAUUCAUUUCAGACUUCCUCCUCAUCCCCGUCAUGCUCAUCUUCUUCAUCGUCAUCCAAUGGAUCUUGUCGGACAACCAUCCACAUCAACAAAUCAAGCAACAACGAAAAAUCUCUGGGCAACCGAUUCGGCGAGGAGGAGACGAUUUGAGCCUUUCUGCUCUCCACUCGUGCCACAUGUGCCCAUUCGAGAGCGGCUCGCAAGACGGGGAACAAGUGUUGAUGUGGCUGAUGAGAUCCCCGGUUCAUCAUCGUAUCUCAAUUCAUUCUAUGGACCGCCAAGAAGACGAAGAAUGUCUCUUUUGCAAACACUACGCCAACAAAAUCGUCAACUGAAUGACUCGGGAUUUGAUGUGAAUAGACAGAGAACGGAAAGUGAGAGCACGAAUAGAGACACUUGUUCUCCACCGGCUAAAACCUCACCUCCACAAUCUCCAUCGAAAAAAGCUCUUGCCUCAUUGAAAGCAAAAAUCUUUGGCAAAAAGGAUAAACGACAGAACGCACAGGCGAUCGGUAUUGAAGAUGGAAAUGGUCGUUCUCGUAAAUCCCCAUCAACAACCAAUGACAGCGGACGGGGAAGUCAGGGUCAUUUGGAAGAGAGAAACCCUUUCGCGACAAAUGAAAUCGAUGCACAAAGACGGCAAAGUCAUGAAAGGAAAAAAGUCCUUCGGUUGAGAACAUCAUCUUGUCCUUGUCUUCCCGGUCUUUGCGAUUUGCCGCACAAAAAUGGAGAAGAUUCGGAUGGAGAUGUGGAUGGAAUUGGAGAUGAUGAGGAGAUAUUUCCGGAGAGAAUGCUCAGGAAUUCGAGCCCCGUUUCGGCAGCCGAUUGUCUCCUCGAGCGUCGUUUGAUGCGUCGUGCGGUCGAAGUGGAGCGUCGUCGUCUGCUCGAGUCGGUUUCUCUUUCUCAUUCAUCCACUUCUCAUCACAAUCAAUCCCAUCGACCGAGGGCCACUAUAGCCAUUCCCGAAUCUUGUUCGGAAUCGUUAUGCGAAUCUCCGCCUCGUUCUCUUCAUCUAAAUCGUCAUCAAUCGCUCUCAUCACCCACCGAUUCAGCUCAUCACUCUGAUUGUACAGAAAAGAAACAUUAUACACGCUCUUCAAGUAAUGGUUCAUCUCAUCCUUUCGGUGUCACCGUCGAUCUUCAUUGUCCUCAAAUGGAAGAUAUCCUCUCCGUAACGUCAAUGGCUGUCACCGAAGAUUUGUGUGAUUAUGAUGAUUCUUCAACUCUUCUUCUUGAUCACUAUUUACCCCUUUCGAGAAGUGAACUCGAUCACAACUGUGGAGACUCGUUAUCGAAUUCUCUCUCGAACCUCUCACUUCUACCCAAAGAUCUUCAAAGGGACAAAUCGGAGAAAAGCUUGAGAUCUUCAAUCAGCCCCGAUUCUCGUGAAGACGGUUCCUCGAGUGUCUCUUGUCCGGCUCAAACCGAUCUCUCACUCAUCAAUAUAUCCGAUCAACUUGGCGCCUAUUUGAAUCGUCUCAAUUCUGAUGAGCCACCAAGUCCUGAAGGAAUGAAUUUCAUCGCGAAACACUUCUUUGAGUAUCAAUCUUUCAUCAAUCUCCCACACAAAGCCGUUCAAUUGCAUAAGCCGCAAGCCUCUCAAGCGGGCACCGAUCCAUCAGUGGGAUGGGCACCGAAAAAUAUGAAUAAAGCCGGCAAAAAUCAGCCCGCACCCGCAUCGAGAGCCUCGAGAACACAUAGAGAUCCCCGUCCAAAUGGAACAAAACACGGCCGAGCCGCUAAACAUGAACACCGAGAAUGGGGAGAUCGGCAUGGAGAAUUGAAAGAGGAAAAAGUGGCACCGCACAAAGACGCGUGGACGAAAUUCUUGGCAAAUGAGGAUCCGGCUGGGAGAACCGUUUUCGAGUGCGAUUUCGAGGAUACCGUCCUGCAAGUUGAAGAAGAAGCGCUUCCCGAUCGACUCGCUCGGACAUCGAACGAGCAAGAUGAUCUCGAAUUUCAGAUGGCAUAUAAUGCAAAUAAGAGUUCGAAUCAAGUCCGUGAAUUGUUGAUCAUUCUCACUUAUGCUCCACUUGUGCAAUUUGUGACGGUGACGGUGAAAAAGGCGAAAACAUUACCAUAUAAUAAUUCCCCAUUCGCGAGGAUCAUGUUAUUUGAUGGGAGGAGAUUGAUCGAACAAAAACAGACAACAGUCGAUCCAUCGGUUGGAGUGAAUUCGUCUGUUGAUUCUGCCCGUCCUUCCUCAUCGUCUGUCUCAUCAUCACUUUCUUCAACAUCAGGCGGUGAUGCCUCAUUCUCCGAAUCUUUUCUUUUCCACGUUCCACCACAUAAACUUGAUCGAGCACACGUUGUUAUUGAGGUUUUCGAUCAUUCGUCAUCAAGCGGUGCCCUUUCUGUUGGUCAUUGUGUGAUUGGUCGAUUGGGUGGAGGAACAGGACAAUCACAUUGGUUACAGAUGAUUCGCAAGAACAGUUUACCCGUUUGUAUGUGGCAUCGAAUCCAAAAAGGCGUCGAA